AUUCCCCCAGACACGGCCGCCGACUGUUAUUCGUUUGGGUUGUUGACGUAGUUCAUCGUGACCGGGCGCCUACCGUUUGAGGGCAAGCGCGGAGAGCGGUUGCAGAGCCGGCUGAGACGCGGCCAGCCGCACAGUCUCGCGUGGCCUGCGCAAGCCGACGAGCUUACGCAGGCUUGCCGACCGGUGGUGGAGCAGUGCACCCGGCCGAAGCCAGCCUCUCGCCCUUCGACGCAGCAGGUGAGCCAGCAACUGGCCACCACGAUGAAGCACUUUGCGGUCGGGACAAUGGAGACUGUGGAGGAGGCCCUUGGCAUUGGAAGGCCCAGCAGCGGCAGCACCGACGCCCCGGACGCCUCGGCCUGUCGGGAUCUCAAGGAGUGCAGCGGCGCGGCGCAGGUGAGGCAGCCCUGCAGUGCCAGCGUCGGCUCGCCCAUAGCUGGGACGGGCUCCAGGAAUCUACCUCCCGUGCUGGAGCACGAGGUGCUGACGUCUCAGGAGGCCCAGGACUGCCCCGCAGCCGCGCCGCCCAGCAGCCCGAAGUGCCUGCAGCAGCUGGCCCACCAAGAGUACAAGCCAACGCCGCCCAGCACGCAGUCUCUUUCGCUGGCGUUACUGCUCCUUCAGUGGAACGUUCCGGUGCUGGCGGGCAGUUGCUGCCUGUUGCACGCCGCCUUAUAUUAUUCGGACAGGACGUCUUUGGAAUUUCGCCGCGUCCCUUGUAACCUACGCGGUGACAGCUUGUUCCGCGGCCAGUGCGACCAAUGCGGGCUGCUGAUGUUCCAGCACCAGUCGUGCUGCGAGUUCUGCGACGCCCCAGCAGCCGCGAGCGUCGGCACCGAUGCCUCGCUUUCAGGAGGCACGAUUUCUGCGUGACGAAAUUGCAAUCCGCCCAACGGGUGAGUUCAAGUGGGCGGGGCGUGCUACAUGCACAAACCAGCUCAGUUUUGUGCUGGUGCGUCUGCCCCCACCUGUCUACAAAUUCUCCAUCAAUUCUCCAGCUCAGCAUUGUGCUGCGGGGCGCUCUAGACGCACAAUUGUCUACCAACGGUGGCGAGAAUGGAUUUGUCGCCCUCGUUGUGCUGACGUGUCUCUCCCCGUCCUCUUCAUUUCCCCUCCCCCUCGUUCAUUAUCCCUCCCCUCUUUGCUGGGGCAUGUAGCCAGCUUCUUCUCCGAAUCAAACUAGAUACUCGCCGCACCCGCAGUUCCCAGCGAGCCAUUGGCAUUCACAUCAUGGACAUGUUUUUGUCUGUUCUGCCCACCUCGUCGGAUCCCCUGCCCCGUCCGUCCCACCCCCCUGGCCUCCUGGUCGGAUGCCCCCCAGGUGCGAUGCAGGGUGGAUUCGUAUGCGACAGUGUGCGUUUUAAUUGUCGCCUGUUGCGCAGCCUUCAGCGUUCGAAUUCGUUCGUUGAGCAUUAUUCAAUAUGUGGCAGCACUGAUGUGUUGCCUCCUUCCUCCUCUCUCCUCCUCCGCCUCCUCAUCCUCAUUCUUUAGCGGUGUAAGAAGCAAUGACCUCGCUUCGCUCAUUCCGCUGGCCCGUAUGUGAUCAUCGUUGCCGUGUGUGUGUGUUACGUGGCCGUAGCGAUUCGGACGUCGCCCGGCGGCGGUAGAUUGUCCGAAUGAUGUGUGAAGCUCCCGCUAAGACGGAGAAGCCGUCAUCUCAUCUGGUGGGGAAGCCCGCUUGGGAUGGCUGGAGAUAGGAA